GAAUGCACAUAUGACAUAACAAACAGCAAUAUUCUACGUAGUACUUCAUAGAAUUGUCCAAGAUGAUGAUGAAAAAAAUGGGGGCUUGGAUGUUGCUAGCAUUAUUGACUUCGGUUGGCGACUGGUGUGGUCGUUGUUAUGGGUGCUUGGAGGAUGAGAGAAUUGGUCUCUUAGAGAUCAAAGCUUUGACCAAUCCAAACAGCAUUUACAUGGGAGAUUGGGUGGAGUACAGUAGUAAUUGUUGUGAGUGGUCUCGGAUCGAGUGUGAUAACACUACAAGGCGAGUGGUCCACCUCUCUCUUUGGGGUGCAAGGGAUCAGAGUUUGGGGGAUUGGGUUCUCAACGCAUCCUUGUUUCUGCCUUUUAAAGAACUGCAAAGUCUUGAUUUGGGUUAUAAUGGACUGGUUGGUUGCUCUGAGAAUCAAGGCUUCGAAGUCCUAUCAUCAAAACUGAGGAAACUGGAAGUACUUGACCUAAGUCUGAACCGAUUUAAUAAUGAUAAAGGCAUUUUAUCAUGCCUCAAUGGGCUUUCCGCUCUCAAGUCUUUGGACCUGUCAGACAAUCAGCUGACAGGAUCAGGUCUCAUAGUCUUUGUAUCUGUCAGGCAAUCAGCUGACAGGAUCAUCUACUGGUAUCAAUACUGUUAUUAUGAUCACUUUGUAAAUGGAUUACGCACGCAAGAAAUAACAGAGAUUUAUCAUCUCAGUUACAAUAAAUUGAACGACAGCGUUUUAUCAUCUCUCAGUGGAUUUUCAACUCUCAAAUCUCUAGAUCUAUCAGGCAAUAGGUUCACAGGAUCAACUGGUCUCGAUGGCUGGUGUGAACUGAAGAAUCUUGAAGAGGUAGAUCUCUCCGGAAACAAUCUAAAGGGCGUACUCCCUCCUUGUUUGGGAAAUCUAUCAUCUCUACGAUCCUUGGAUGCAUCUGACAACCAAUUGGAGGGAAAUAUUGCGCGUAGUCACCUUUCCCAUCUUACGCAGCUCAGAUCCCUCUCACUUACCAAUAACUACUUUCAAGUUCCAAUAUCAUUUGGUUCAUUUAUGAACCUCUCCAACCUCAAGUUAUUUGCAUGCGAUAACAAUGAGCUAGUAGCUGCACCCAGUUCUCAGCCUUUAGUUCCAAAGUUCCAGCUUCUUUUCUUUAGUGCUUCAAACUGUACUCCAAAACCACUCGAGGCUGGAUUUCCAAACUUCCUGCGUAGCCAACAUGAUUUGGUGUUUGUUGAUCUAUCCCACAACAAAUUCGUUGGACAACCUUUCCCAUCUUGGCUGCUUGAGAAUAAUACAAAGUUAGAUCGACUAUAUUUGAGAGACACCUCAUUUAUAGGCGGUCCUUUGCAGCUGCCACAACAUCCAACACCCAACCUUCAGACAGUAGAUAUGUCUGGCAACAACAUACAUGGUCAAGUUGCAAGGAACAUAUGUUCGAUUUUUCCACGUUUGAAGAACUUCAUGAUGGCUAACAACAACCUUACAGGUUGUAUUCCUCCUUGUUUUGGGAAUAUGAGCUCUCUCAAAUACUUGGAUCUUUCCAAAAAUCACAUGUCUUGUGAACUGCUUGAGCAUAAUUUGCCAACAGUAGGCUCCUCGUUGUGGUUUUUGAAGCUGUCCAACAACAACUUCACUGGGCGAUUACCACUCUCUGUGUUCAACAUGACUAACCUAGAGUACCUCUUUCUCGAUGGAAACAAAUUUGCAGGACAAGUAUCUGGUUCCUUUUCUCUUGCAUCAUCAUUUUCGUGGUUUGAUAUCAGUAACAAUCUUUUGUCAGGCAUGCUUCCAAGGGGAAUUGGGAACUCGUCACUAAACCGCUUUGCUCGGGCAGUUGAUAUGUCCAGAAAUCAGUUUGAAGGUACCAUUCCAAUAGAAUAUUUCAAUUCUUAUGGGCUUGAAUUUUUAGAUCUUUCUGAAAACAAUCUGUCUGGGUCUUUUCCGUUGGGCUUCCAUGCAUCAGAUUUACGCUAUGUCCACCUUUACAGAAAUCAAUUGAGCGGUCCACUGCCAUAUGCUUUUCGUAAUCUCUCUUCGUUGGUUAUAUUUGAUCUCGGCUAUAACAACUUAACUGGGCCCAUUCCAAAUUGGAUUGAUAGCCUUUCGGAAUUGAGCAUUUUUGUUCUCAAAUCUAAUCAAUUCAAUGGGAAACUUCCUCAUCAGUUAUGCUUGUUAAGGAAAUUAAGCAUAGUGGAUCUUUCAGAAAAUAAAUUUUCUGGUCUGUUACCCUCAUGUUUGAGCAAUUUAAAUUUUACGGCAUCAGACCAAAAAACUUCGGUUGAACCUGGUACGACGUCACAAGAUUAUAGAAACCUGGAAGAAAUAUUUGCAUCCAUAGGUUAUUAUAUUCAUGACAAAAUUGUGUUGCCAGAGAUCGAUGUAAAAAUAACUGUGGAGCUUACAGCAAAGAAAAAUUUCUACACUUACGAAGGCGGUAUCCUUCGUUACAUGUCUGCUGUGGAUCUUUCUUGUAACAGAUUCACUGGAGAAAUCCCGACAGAAUGGGGAAACUUAAGUGGGAUAUUUGCUCUAAAUCUGUCACAAAAUAAUCUCACUGGAUUGAUCCCUUCAUCCUUUUCCAAUCUGAAGCAAAUAGAGAGCUUGGAUCUUUCUCACAACAACUUGAAUGGGAGAAUUCCUGCACAACUCGUUGAACUGAAGUCUCUAGCAGUUUUCAACGUGUCGUACAAUAAUUUGUCAGGAAGAACACCGGAGAUGAAAUAUCAAUUUGGUACCUUUGAUGAGAGCAGUUAUAAAGGGAAUCCUCUUCUUUGUGGACCUCCAUUGCAAAAAAGUUGCGACAAAACAGAAUCACCAUCAGCGAGAGUGCCUAACGAUUUCAAUGGAGAUGUUGGCUUCAUAGACAUGUACAGUUUCUAUGCCAGCUUUGGUGUGUGUUACAUAAUUGCGGUGUUGACAAUUGCAGCAGUACUGUGCAUAAAUCCGCAUUGGCGACGCAGGUGGUUUUACUUCAUUGAAGAAUGCAUCGACACUUGCUACUGCUUUUUGGCUAUAAACUUUCGCAAGUUGUCCAGAUUCAGAGGGUGAUUGGGUCUUAUCAUGAUCGAGUGGGCUGCUUUCUGAAUUUGUUGCAAUCCUCUGUGGGGAAGCAGUCGCAUUCCAAAUCAAUGGUUGCUCACAACAUGUAUAGCAAUUUGCCUGUGAGAAGUGUUCUGUCGAAGUGUCUGGUUCUUGUUGCUUAGCCUUUCUGUUUUGACAUGACUUGUGUUUGUCAUUGUGCUUGUAUCCAUAUUUGUUUGUUUCGUUGUUAUGCCUUAAUUAUGUUGCGUUUUGGUCUUAGAUAAGCAAUCAACCAAUACUUCUUGGCUUCUUGUGAUUUCUAUAUCCCUAAUAAUAUGGAAUUUAUUCAC